CGAAUCCAUUUUGGCGCUUGAGGGCAGGGGGACAUUCCUAUUUCCUCAUUCCAUCCUCUCCCCCGCUCCUCCUGCCACGUGUACUGGGUCCCACGGCUCCCCCACUAAAAUGCAGCCUCCCGCAGAUAAUCCUUUACCCCCCUAGUGUCUCCCCCACUCCCUCUCUUCUCUCUCUCUCUAAAAUCGCCGUCGCUCAAGUUAUCCGGCGAUACAUAUACGCAUUUAUGUAAUUAAUACUUUUUCUUUUUUUUUCCGGACGGCCGUUUUAUUUUCUUUUUUCUCUCUCUGAAUUUAAUUCCAGUCGCCGUUACGGAUGUUGAUGCAUUUAUUACCGUAGGAUCAGCCUCGUGAUUCGUGCUGGUACUUUUUGGAGUGGUUGAAGAUUUGGUGCUGCUUUCUUGAUCGAUCGAUAGAUUGUUCGGCCAUCAGGAAUCGGUUGGUGGUGAUCGAGUAUUGCGAUGUCUGGACCUUUGGAUAGAUUGGCGAGGCCUUGCUUUGAGGGGUCAUCUGGUAACGAUGAGAGAAGAGAGAGAAAAUCUGAUUUUGAGAAUUCAGAGGAUGAAAGAAGAACGAGAAUUGGUUCUUUGAAAAAGAAAGCAUUGAAUGCAUCAUCGAAGUUCAAGCAUUCUCUCAAAAAGAAGAGCACUAGAAGAAAGAGCGAUGGUCGUGUCAGUUCAGUUUCAAUUGAAGAUAUUCGGGAUGCUGAGGAACUGCAAGCUGUUGAGUCAUUUCGACAAGCCUUGAUAUUGGAUGAGCUGCUGCCAGAAAAGUUUGAUGAUUAUCAUAUGAUGUUGAGGUUUCUGAAAGCAAGGAAAUUUGAUAUUGAAAAGUCAAAACUCAUGUGGGCUGAUAUGAUUCAGUGGAGGAAAGAGUUUGGUACUGACACAAUUAUGGAGGAUUUUGACUUCAAAGAGUUGAAUGAAGUUUUGAAGCACUACCCGCAUGGCUAUCAUGGUGUAGAUAAAGAGGGAAGGCCUGUGUACAUUGAGAGACUAGGGAAAGUCGAGCCAACUAAACUUAUGCAAGUUACAACAAUGGAUCGUUACAUAAGAUACCAUGUGAAAGAAUUUGAGAAAGCCUUUGCCAUUAAGUUUCCAGCUUGUACCAUUGCCGCCAAACGGCACAUUGAUUCAAGUACGACUGUCUUGGAUGUUCAUGGUGUGAGUUUUAAAAACUUUACCAAGAGUGCGCGGGACCUCAUUACCCGGCUCCAGAAGAUUGAUGGCGAUAAUUACCCUGAAACACUCCAUCAAAUGUUUAUAAUCAAUGCUGGUCCAGGCUUUCGGCUAUUGUGGAAUACUGUAAAGAAUUUUAUAGAUCCGAGGACAGCUACUAAGAUUCAUGUUCUUGGAAAUAAAUACCAGAGCAAGUUGCUUGAAAUAAUAGAUGCCAGUGAACUGCCAGAGUUCUUGGGAGGAAUGUGUACCUGUGCAGACCAAGGUGGUUGCCUUCGCUCUGAUAAAGGACCUUGGAAGAAUCCAGAUAUACUGAAGAUGGUGCUUAAUGGUGAAGCACGGCGUGCCAGGCAGGUUGUUAAAAUUAUCAACAGUGAGGGGAAGGUGGUAUAUGCCAAACCUCAUUACCCCAUGUUGAAAGGCAGUGAUACAUCUACUGCAGAGUCUGGUUCUGAAGCUGAAGAUAUUGCUUCACCAAAAGCCAGUAGAAAUUAUUCACACCUUCGGUUGACUCCAGUUCGUGAGGAGGCUAAAGCUAUAGGAACAGCUGGCUAUGUUGGUAACUUCUCAGGAUAUGAUGAAUAUGUUCCGAUGGUUGACAAGGCUGUUGAUUCUGGAUGGAAGCAAACACCGCCCCAGAAGCCUUAUGUUUCUAAAGUUUUUUAUUCAGAGAUGUUUCCAUCACCUGAUUCUCAGAAGGCGCCAGAAGGAUUACAUGCUCGACUUUUGGCAGCUCUUGUGACCUUCUUCAUGACCCUUUUCUUGCUUCCCCGUUCAAUAGCUUACCGUGUGACAAAGAAACUUCCUGCUGCACCGUCACAAAAUGAUCAAACAAUCCCGGAAUUUGCCUCUGAUACAUUAAGACCGCCAUCACCGACGCCAUCUUUUACAGAUGCAGAGGUCCUAUCUUCUGUCCUCAAGCGGUUGGCUGAGCUUGAAGACGCUGUCAAUACUCUUCAAGAAAAGCCGUCUCAGAUGCCCCAUGAGAAAGAGGAACUGCUAAAUGCUGCUGUUUACAGAGUGGAUGCUCUAGAAGCUGAGUUAAUUGCAACCAAGAAGGCUCUGCACGAGGCUUUAAUGAAGCAAGAGGAACUGCUUGCUUAUAUAGACAGUCAAGAAUAUGCGAAGUUUCGAAAGAAGAAAUUUUGCUGGUAAGAUUGUGUCAUAUUUGAAGCUUUGAUGGUAGAGGACAUCUUCCGCCAGAAUUGACGCUCACCGCCUAACCUCCAUCAUUUUGAGUUUUAAUUUGACCGUUGUAAAUCUCAUUGAUACAUACUGUUUUGUGAGAAUUUAUUGAACAUCUAUGCUUACAUCUUGUGGAAACUCAGUGGGGUGUGGGUUAGUUUGUUUCAGAGGGACGUCUUUGGUACGACUAAUAUAUCAACUCAAGUUCGUUACCA